AUGACCGCGACCGAAUCCAAGACAGCCUCUCUAGCCGAACUCAACCGCGUCUUCUGGGAUGCGAACGCGGACACCUUCCUGGAACAAGACUGGAUCAAGGUCUUCUCUGAGCAACUCACCCGCUUCCUCCGCGCCCAAGCCCCAAACCUAGGUCUCCGGUCCCGCGAUACAGAUCCGUCGUCGAACCCCGUCCGACUUUUAGACUACGCUUGCGCCUCUGGCGGUGCUUCCUGGGCACUCAGCCCCUAUGUCGACACCAUCCUCGGCAUCGACAUCGCACCGGCCAUUGUACAGCGCUACAACGACUGCGCGGCGCGGCUGGGAUACUCUCCAGAGCAGGCCCACGCUGUCGCGGGCGACUUGGCUACAAAUGGAGAGCUGGCUGCGGAGGGGGGGUUUGAUGUGGUUAUUAUAUCCAUGGCGCUUCAUCACCUUGAUGAUCCGCGUGGGAUGUUGAAGCUGCUUGCGAAGAGGGUGAGGCCUGGUGGGGUGGUGAUUGCUGUCGAGGGGGUUGAUUAUAAAGCUACGGGGUCGGAGGUUGAGGGUGGGGUGCUCGAAAAGGGGAAGGAAGGCAAAGGGGAGGUAGGGUUUGAACAGCAUGGGGGCAAGGCUCAUGAGCACGAUGUUCAUGAGCAUGAGGUUCACCAGCACGAGGUUCUCAAAACUACGAAUCGGCACCUGGUUUUCAGCGAAGAGCUUUUCAGGGGCUGGUUCCGAGAUGCUGGGUGCGGCGAGGGGAAGUUUAUCUACAUAGAGAACGAGGAGGUCAGUCAUAUUCCGGAGGAGGCUUCUGGGAAAGCUGGAGGGUUGGAUAGGAAGAUGGUUAUCGCUUCUUCGGUGAGGAAAGAGUGA